AUGGAGACUUUUCCGAACCCGUUUUGCAAUCUUGAUCUGUGGUGUGACUGGUCCGGCGAUCCCCUUGACACAGUCAGUGUUUGUAUGACCGUCGAGGUCUGGUGUGACCCCGGUUCUCGGAUUACCGUGAUGGACACUCGCCAUCCAUUAGUUGAACAUUUUUUGGAGUUCACAAUCAGCCCAACCGAGAACAGCGAAGAGGACGACAGUGCAAGAGCUUCGUGCGACAGCCCGAGAAGACACAGUGAACAAUAUGAAGAAAGCAAAGCAACUCCAACGCCGUCAGCUCGAUGUGGAGAAGAGAUCCCGAUGACAAUGAAGACCGAGCUCCCUUUUACUCCAGAGACAUCUCCAGAUCAUGCAACCCUGCAGUUCGGCUCCACAGAAACCACGUAUCACGUCCCGGAUCUAGGUCGAGUGUUCCGAAUAGAUAGCACACCUGAUGGGUCUCCGGGACCUGAUCUCGACGACAUCUACGCCACGGUUUUGCGGGGGGGAUCAUCCCCGGGUCAUCAGAGUGCAGGCGGACAAUCCCCCUCAAACCCGCGCAAGCGAACUGCCAGGGCAGCUUCCUUGCCUGACUCCGUGACAGAUUCGGAAAGGCCAUACGGGGGUGAGACGCUCAAGAAUCUACAACGGGCUGAAAUGAGAGGCAGACAAUCAUCGGCCUCGACAACUUCUUCACACUCCAAGCUUUCCCGCAAAAGUCUGAUCCCUCGGCCGAUGAGCUUGAAGACACCACAUGUCCAGCUUGACUCCUCCCAGAUCACAACUUUGGCAACGUCUGUGCCGACUUUAUCUGCUACUGAGUCCGAGCUCUCGGCUUCAGACGUAGUGCCUGGUGAGAAGAUUUCGCAAGAUGGCUGCGCGAAAAUCGAACAAACAUGUGAUUCUACGCAAAACACAAAGGAUGUCUCCGGUUCUCACGCAAGUUCGAUCGCGUCCGCUGGAUUUGUAUCAGAAAAUGAUCUCGGCGAUGCUCGCUCGUCUUUGAACGACAUUGAAACACUCUCAACAGUCGCAUCGGCUGGUAGCUCGUGUGACCAGACCGCACUCUCGAACCCAACUUAUGCGUCAAUUGGAAGAACUCCGGCCUUGAAUGGGGAGAUUCCGGUCCGCAGUGAUCGCGUCGAGACGCCUCCUCCGCGUAUGUUCGUGUCAGACCAGCCGAUCCUUCGUUUAACAGAACAAAUUCUCCACAUCAAUUGCUCCUCAAACGUCAGGCCAUCCUGGUACAAGGUUCAAGCAAUGUUUAGUCUUCGUCUUCAGACAAAACAAACCCGAGGCUGGUACUCACUUGUGGUUCCUGGACUGCCUGAUCUCAGUGCAACUGACCAUGGUUAUGUGUACCUACGGAUCCCGGAUGGUCAGGGUCUAGAAUUCCGAAGUUUACACUUUCAAAAAUACGAGAUCGUUCAAGGCUGUCUAAUUGCCCAGUUCCGACUCAUUCAAUCACAAUUGGUUAUCCCUCUUCGUCCCUGUGACGCUCAGUUCUAUGGAUUUCUUCGCGACUUUAGGGUCAACCAUAGUAUUUCGAGCCGCCUGCUUUCAGAAUCCGGUCACUUUGGUGCUCCCAUGUUUGAGUACACUGCGAUUUGCUCAUUGGACUUGAUACACCGUGACUUCUGGGCAGAACAAUGCGGCUUCCAAAUCUACAUACAUGGAGGUCCAGAUGGGGAGUUCAGCUGUCAUCUUGACACACCACUUGCGGACUUUCAGGUCAUUCAGUUGGACUCGAAGCCCCAAGCCCAGAUGGGGAUCACGCAACUGCAGGUCAUCUGCACCUUGGCGAAUCUUAACUUUUUUGUGAUCACUUGGCAAACUUGCUUGCCCGAAGCUGAAGGUGCAAGCUGGACGCCUCGUAUCACUGCCACUAGGGAUGGUUACCAGGUUGAGGAAGGGCUGCAAGCUCGAUACUUUGCAGCUGAGUAUGAUGAGCAUGAAGUGGUGCGCGCGGAGGCCAGAUCGCGACUGGUCACCUUCAAGGGAACAUACUAUCGCUCGAAACCCAGAUCAAUGCUCGGCUGGUUGGUGUUGUUUUUCGUUGCUCUCGUCGCAUUGACAUUCUUUCAGGCCCCGAUCAAUAUUGACUUGUACAAUGAGUUCAAUCGUUUGAAGCCGGUUGUGGAAGACUGGGGUACUCGUCUCCUCAAUAUGAAAUUGCCCGAGUCGAGACAUCCAGCAAGCGACAAAACGCGGCAGCAAAUCGAUACGACUGACGUGUCUCGUGAGGUAUCUGAGAUUGUCGCGAAGUUGGGAGACGAACCAUUGAAGGCCGUUCAUGGUCCGAUGCAUUCCGAACAGGACACAACGCACCCAUCGUCGCAGGUAAUGAGCAGCCAGCCUCAACUCAAUAUGCGAGAUCGGUUCGAUUACCUCUUCGGCUGGAGGGGCCCAGUCAAUGAUGGGAUCUGA